GUCUUCACGACAACUUCCGGUCUCAUGGAGCACAAGAUUUGAAUUUCCCUUCGUUGAGCUCCGUUUGCCACCUUUACGUCUUUUAUUUACAACAGCGGGAGCGCUUUUGAGCAGAGGGAACGAUGAAUGAUGAUACUAGAAAACUAUUUGAAAGAGUUGCUGCAAAGAUGGGGUGGGCUGAGGAGGGAGGACUGGACACUGCAGAGAGGAAGCUGAUCAGCUCGAUUGGCAAACCUCGCCAUACUGCCAUGAGCGGGCAUCGAUCUGUGUAUCACUCAGCCUCUCCAGUCCAGCUUCCACUCUCUGAUAGUGAAGAUAGUCCAGAGAAGGAGAACCAGUACUCCAAGAGCAACCAUUACAGAAACACGCCCCUGAUUGAGUCCAGUGAUGAUGACUUUGACCAAUUUCUUGUGGGAAAGGCCACACCCAAAGCUAAACCUACCCCACUGAAACAGUGUAGUGUUGCAAAGAAAGACAGUUCAAAUGUUGUUGUGGUGAGCUCGGACGAUGACAACGGUUUCGAGACAUUUCUGCAACGAGUGAAAACCCCUAAUGUCAAGCCUAAGAAAAUAUCAGAGAGUGGGAGUGAAGAUGGCCUCAAAAACUUCAUAGUGGAUGACUUCUCAUCAGAUGAUGACUUUAUUAAGACAAAAUCCUCAGUUAAAGUGCCUAAGAAGAGCAAUACUCCAGCAGCCCAUCAUCCACUGAGGAGACCACUGUCUCAGUGUGUCUCCCCAGUGUUUGUUAGUGACAGUGAUGACGAUGAUAACGUCGUGGUCAAGAGCACUUGGAGGACCCGCCAUUUAAAACCCACGCCAAAGGCUAACAAGAAUAAUGCUCUGCGGUGUGAUGAAGAGGACAGUUCGCCAACACUCCCUUUCCCUUCCAUCCAUUCUCCUUUUUCUUUUCUGCCCCCCAAAACUCUAACAUCCCUGGCCUCUCCGAAACGCACUCUAUCUGCACCCACUAAGCUGGAUGAAUCGGACAGUUCUGAGGAGGAGUUCACAUCCCUACUGGAGAGACUGAAAAAUAAAAACAAGUUCACUAGCACAACAUUCUCACCAAAGGUCACCCAUGUUCCUCCUGUAAGACCAGCCUCUAAAUCGUUUGGUGAAACACCCCUAAAGACACCUGGAAAAUCCACCAUCUUGAAGCCCACAGUCAGUCAGACAGAGCCCAGACACGGCCCCACCGCCAGGGUCGCACUGUGUAAGACCCCCGGGUGCUUCUUGCAGUCAUUAUCCAACCCUGGUUCCAGCUAUGGCCGCAAUUUUAAGCAGAACAAGGAAGAACUCACCAGUAGACUUUACCAGCUGUACAAUACCAGUGUGUUUGACAGUAAGCUCCCCCUUGAUAUGUCAGUGACUUGGAAUAAGAAGAUGAGGAAAACCGCCGGAUACUGCAUCACGGGUCAGGAGCGAUGUGGAGGGAACCGCUAUGCCCGCAUUGAACUGUCGGAGAAAGUCUGUGAUUCCGCAGAUCGUCUGAGGGACACACUGAUUCAUGAGAUGUGUCAUGCUGCAACCUGGUUGAUUAAUGGUGUAAGGGACGGGCACGGAAACUUCUGGAAGCUGUAUGCUCGCAAGUCCACUCUGGCCCAUCCUGAGCUGCCCAUGGUCACUCGCUGCCACAGUUAUGACAUCAAGUACAAAUUCCAGUACCAGUGCACCCGCUGCCAGAAUACGAUCGGGCGUCAUUCCAAGUCGUUGGACACGCAGAAGUUCGUGUGUGCCCUCUGCAAAGGGCAACUUGUCCUACUGACGUCUGCCAAGCAGCGUGCUCCCACACCUUUCGCCAACUUUGUCAAAGACAAUUAUGGGACUGUACGACAGGAGCUAUCAGGACAAAGCCACGGGGACGUGAUGCGUAAACUUAGUGCAGACUUUGCCUCCAAGACUAAACUAAGUCAAAGCUGAGAUCUUGAUACUCUCUGUACCUGCAGCCAUGGACUGAGCUGCACCACGUGGUCAAACCUUUUCAAAUACUCAAAAAUACCUCCGACAACUAGUCUUACAUCAGUGAGCAGCUGUGAUUAUUAAUAGUGAAUCUAUUUUUAUGUUUUUCAUGUAUUUGUGUUCAUCAGUAUGUGAUUAUAGACUGGGUUUACUGGGAUUGGAAAAAAACUGAGCCUAAACAUUAAGUUCACAUUCCUGAGUAUGUCUUUGUGCACUGUUUAGUGUGUGUGCGUGUGUGUGUGUUUGAGGUGGUGUCAAACAAUGAAAUUCAUCCCUGGUAUCUAAUAUAUGCUAGAAUCUUCCUGUGAUUAGCAUUGUACUGUAUGAUAAAUGUAUGUUUUUAUUCAUGUAUUUGACUGUUUUAUCUUCCUGUUAGGAACUCCAUCAAUAAAGUUUAAA